AUGGCCUCAGGGAAUAUUAAGAAUGCUGUGCUGACUCAAAUGGCCCGCAAUGUGCCUUACUACCGGAGAAACAGACCGCACAUCUGCUCGUUCUGGGUGAAGGGGGAGUGUAAGAGAGGAAAAGAAUGUCCGUACAGACACGACAAGCCCACAGACCCGGACGACCCCCUCAAUGACCAGAAUAUAAAGGAUCGGUACUACGGGAAUGCCGACCCUGUGGCCGAUCGACUGAUGAAGAGGAAUGCAGCCUUGUUGGGUCUGGAGUGUCCUGCCGACAAGUCAAUCACCACGUUGUAUGUGUCGGGGAUCAACAGUGAGAUCACCGAGCAGGAUAUUUUGUUUGUGUGUGUUUUAUAUUAUUUUAGUGACUUUUUCUACCAGUUUGGGGAAGUUCGGAGUGUCAAAGUAGUGCUCUCCAGUCUGUGUGCGUUCGUGCAGUAUGCCACACGGGAGGCGGCCGAGUUGGCAGCAAUCAAGGCAUACAACAACACGGUCAUUCGGGGACGGUCUCUGAAUGUGCGAUGGGGGAAGGCGGAGGCUGAGAGGGCAGGGGGAGUGAAUGAUGUGGGCGACAAUCCUUACUUCCAUGUCCCUGUUCCUGGCCUCGCUAAUGGUAUUCUUAGUUUGCUUUGUUUUAGUUCUUCCACAAGUGCCUAA